AUGCCUGAGGUCACUCUACACGAAAUUAAGCUUCGCGAGGAGCUGGAGCCGUUAUGUCGCAUCGCAGCAAGUGCCUGGCAAAACGACCCGCUUUUCUCCUGGCUCUUCCCUGGUGGUCAAACACACCCGGAGGAUUUCCUCAUCUUGUGGAAGAUAAUUCUGGACAUGGAGUUUCUGGAACCCGGGAAAUUCAUCUUCGCUGCCAGUAUCUACGAUGCCGAGACACAAACCAACAAAAUAGCCGGGUUUGCUGUUUGGGAGCGACGAGGGGAUUCUGAAGCAGCUAGAAGAUGGCAGGGCACCAGCUUUUCCAAAAAACUCGGACGACUAAACCUCAGCCUCAAACUCGCUCAUACCGUCACCCUCAGCCCAGCCCGCAGAUCAUUCUCCAGAAAAAAGUUCAAGCUCCUUGAUGAAGAAGUUGAAUCCGUUAGAGCUCGCCAGCCCAAAGAAUCAUGGUACCUGAACUUUCUUGGCGUUGAUCCCACGGCUCAAAAGAAAGGGGUUGGGAAACGGUUGCUUCAAUGGGGCCUUGACCGUGCCGACGAAGAGGGCAUCGCAGCUGGACUGGAAGCCUCGAAUGCUGGUGUUAAGCUCUAUCAAAGUGCUGGGUUUGAGACGACGGAGUGGAUGAAUUUUGACGAUGGGAAACAGAAGCAAUCUGUUAUGAGGAGAGAAUGUAAAUUGAGGUCUCCGUGA